GGAAAGACCCCCUGGGAACUUGCGCACACCGCAACACAACAAACACCCAACAUGGCUCUCGCCAGCACCCGCCCGGUCUACAUGACCCUCGUUCACGGGGAAAUGGAGACUAUCCGUAUCCUCCCCAAGACCUACGGGGACCUCGAAGUAGUAGCCCGAGAUUGGCUCAAGCCUCCGGAGGGCACUGCAUUCGCCCUCCGGGUGCCAACAGAUAUGGCAUCCUGGGCAGCUAGCCGUGUCAUCCAAGGACCUUGGAUCUGGAUCGGCAACGAUGAGACCUGGCAGAUUGCUACUCAAGGUAUACCUGGUAUCAGAGUCGAGAUUGUCUCCGAUGCCGCUGCCCCUCCUCCUGACCCUCCUCCCCGUCCUCCUACCCCUGUGCUCGAGAUGCCUGCGACGUUCAACCUGGAACUCGAUCCGGGUCAGACUGUCGCUCUCGAGACGUGGGUCACUUCCGAAGAGUACGACAUGUCGAAGACCGACGACAACAUCAUGGUCGACGGAACGUUCUACGGCAAGCUGAGCAUUGUCCACAAGCCUGGCACGCAUACAGUGGAUUUCACCGGCACACGAUACAGAGACCCCGGUCUGCAGGGCGACUUCUGGAUGGACGCGUCCAUCAUGCGUCGUCUGGCCUUGGUCUCGAAACAGCAGUCGGUCGCACGAUGCCAAGCAACAAUCAUGGCCCCGAGCCCACAAUACUGUGACUUUUACAUCACCAUGUCCAACCUUUGGCGGCUUGGUGUCACCUUCCCGCAAGCUGAGAUACUGCCGGACGGGAGGGCCAAGUUUUUCAUUCGGACUGCGAACAAGAAUGGCUAUCUUGAGCAUUUCCAUACCGAGACGGUCGUCACAUCCCUCUAUUACGAAGUGACUCCGGAAGUCGGAGUGGACGGUGCGGCUUCUUACGUCAAGCAUUGGAAUGGCAGCUUUGCGGUGCCUUUCGAUAUGUUCAUACCUCAUCUGUACAAAAUUCUCGAUAGCGUCGGCGUUCCUGUGAAGGAGCGCACCAACUUCAUCUGCAACAACAUCAACGCUUUCUCGCACCACAAGACGAUUGCUUUCCGCCUCAUGUCUCCCAAACGCCUCUCCUCCGCCAUCGACAUCUCCGUUACCACCGAUCCGAGCACCUGCACCCGCGUCUUCCUCCUCUGGCGCGGUCUGCCCGACGAUGAGCUGCCUCUAUUCGAUGGACGCGGGGCGAAGGAGGCGGCCGCGUUCGACUGGCGCGAUGAGAUCGGCUGGACGGAAGCCGCCCUCGACGCGAAAAAUUUCAGGAUACUCGAACUGAGCAUCAUGGAGUGCAUCUGAGCGACAUUACUCUGCAUCUUUCUCUCCGCGUUCCGUCAUGCGGACUGUUUUAACUCGAGCCACAGUUUCUCUUUGCGGACAUAUUUUCGCAGUGUCUGUUUUCUUAUUCCUUGUUCUUUCCUUUCCGGCAUUUUCAUUUUCUUUCUGCUUUGCAUUCUCCGGCCAAGCCGAACACAUGGGGAUACCUGACCUAACGGGGAUACCUAUUUUAUGACGUAAUGCUUCUCCUUUCAAGACUCCGAGUGCUUUCCUUUUCCAUCGAUUCCCUUUUACCUUCAUGUCCUUAACGCCUUACCCUCAAAAGCGACAACAUCAUCUGUUCCAGCGAACCAACAGCAAACAACAACAACAUAA